AUGGAUUCUGCAGCAACUACUUCUUCAAGAAGAAAGCCUUGUUUUAUGGAGGGAGAUUAUGGACCCGAUUCCGGGGCAGAAGUGGAAUCCGGAUCCUCCGUAAACAGCCAUCGCCAGAACCAUUCUCUGAAUUCGAGCGCCUUUUAUUGUAAUUCUAUGCAGAGAAUGAGGAAUUUAUCGGCAACUCCGAGAUCCGUUCGUGGAAGGUUUUUUAGUGAUGGAUUUGAAGAACAUAAACCUCAUUUUCUAGAUGCGUGUUUUCUAUGCAAGCAACCGCUAAGUAGUAAUAAAGACAUCUUCAUGUAUAGAGGGAACAUUCCAUUCUGCAGCGUAGAGUGCAGACAAGAACAAAUAGAUAUGGAUGAAGCGAAAGAGAAGAGUUUGAAUCUCUCUGUUUCAAUGAGAGCCUUAAGAAAAAAGGAGCAACGUAAAUCAAGUUCACCCAAUAGAUCCUCACCAGACUGCCAGUUCCGGACCGGUACACUCGCUGCUGCUUGA